AUGGAGAAACGUGUUGAUGCAUUAGAACAAAGGAUGAGCAAAGCUGAAGUUGCAGUUGAGCAGCUUCGUCAAUUGGUUCUGGAACAACAAUCACGACCGCCACCAGUCACGGUGGAGCAGAUUCACGAGCUCAUCCUAGAACAACGGGAUCGUUGUAAACGUCGUCAGGGGCGACCACGGGAAAGGGUGCACCACUAUGACGAAGAAGAGGAAUGGAGCGAUAAUAGCACGUGGUCGUGGGACUCACGAUCUCAACCACCGCAAACUGAUGGUGGUAACGAUAUAUUCUACGACCGCAAAGAAGAAAUUCACCUCAACAAAUCUGAGUUUCAGCCGAAAACAGAAGUGAAUGUAUCUGAAACUGGUGUGAAGGUUGCGACAGAAAAGAUGAGUGUGAUGCAGAAAACAGAGCAAGUGGUUGCUCUGGAACCACCGACCAAGCCACCACCAAAACUAUCGGGACUGCUAUCAGAACAACCAUCGGACACGUUAGAGCCGCCAUACUGCGACUCAGUACCGCUCUCAAAGUUUUCAAACUAUUGUACUCAUUCAAAGGAUGAUGUCUGUUCUUCAAUGCGAAGAUCAAGGGGGCCUGUUAUGGCUGGAAAAAAAGCUGUAGAAGAUAAUCAAGUAUUUAAAAGAGUAGCUGACAAAAAUAGCAGAGGUAAUUUCAUUCUUCAUGAUGGCCCUCCUUAUGCCAAUGGUGAUCUUCACAUUGGCCAUGCGUUAAAUAAAAUUUUGAAGGAUAUUAUAAAUCGUUAUAAGCUCCUUCAAAACUAUAAAGUUCAUUUUGUGCCUGGAUGGGAUUGUCAUGGCCUACCAAUUGAAUUAAAAGUUUUGCAGUCACUGGAUAAGGAGGCUAGAAACAAUCUUACACCAUUGAAAUUAAGAGCAAAGGCUGCUAAAUUUGCCAGAGACACUGUUAAAAAUCAGAUGUCAUCUUUUAAGUUUACAACACAAUUUCGAUUGCUUCUAAAACUAAGGGUAUCUGUGAGUCACACCAACCUUAGGAUCAGGGCUAAAGCUGCUGUUUCUCUAUCCAAAUGUGUCUCCAAGAUGGGAAUUGAGGAAAUGGAGGAGUUUGGAAUGGAAAAGUUGAUAGAAGUUGCAGCUGAUUUAGUGAAUGAUAGACUUCCAGAGGCAAGAGAAGCAGCAAGAAGUAUCGCAACUUCAGUGUAUGAGGCAAUCAUUAAGGAUGUUGAAGAAGUGGAAGAGAAGAUGGAAGUGUGGCAAAGUUUCUGCCACUCUAAGCUAACACCAAUUAAUGCACUUUCAAUCUUGAAGAUUGUUAAACCUUAGAAUUGGAGGAGUAUUUUGUUUUGUAGGGUUUGCUCAUACUUGAGGCAUGUUUAGAAUUUAAAUUUUAUUUGUGGCAAUGUUCAUGGUUCUACAUGAGCAGUCAUUAGCUAAUAAAUAAUAUUUCAUUUUGUUUGAUGUAGCUACAUUGCUUUUAUAUUUUUAUUACGAAAAAGCAAAGUUUACUAAAUUCACCGUUACAUA